AUGGCCAAAAGCCUCCGCAGCAAAUGGAAACGGAAGAUGCGUGCAGAGAAGAGGAAGAAAAAUGCUCCUAAGGAGCUGGCUCGACUCAAACAAGCUCUGAGUCUGGAUAAGAAAGGAGAAGCUGACAUGACCGAGCUGCAGGAGAUCGCCACAGUUGUGAAAGCUGAGAAGAUAAAGAAGGAGGUCGAUGUUGAAAUGGCAGAAGAAGAGGUUGAUGAUGGAAAGAUGGACAUGGAUAAGAUGCGCAGCAAGACAACUCUGUUGGAUGAACAUGGACAGUAUCCCACCUGGAUGAGCCAGAGGCAGGCCAAGAAGCUGAAAGGCAAACGGAUGACAAAGAAGAGUGGCAAGGGCAAGAAGAAGAAGGGCAUAGCCUGGUAG